GAAGUAGCACAGGAAGUAGCACAGGAAGUGAUGUUAGGAGCCGUCAGUAUCUUUUGGCCGCCAUAUUGCCCUCAUCAGUGGGAGUGAUAGAGGAAGGGUGAGAGAAGGAGAUUAAAAACACGCAGAGCUCGUUUCCGAGAGUAAAUGGAAGGCGCGAUGGCGAGUCCAGGAAGAGAGAAUUAUCGGAUGAAGAGCUACAAGAACAAAGCGCUGAACCCGCAGGAGAUGCGACGGCGCAGGGAGGAGGAGGGCAUUCAGCUCCGCAAACAGAAGAGAGAAGAGCAGCUGUUUAAGAGGAGGAACGUGUGUGCGCCGUCGUGUGACGAGUCCAUGCUCGAGUGUCCCAUCCAGGAUCCCGACAUCAGCUCCACCGUGCCCAUGUCCUCAGACGCAGUUAUAACUCCAGACAUGGUGCAGAUGAUCUUUUCUGAAGAUGUGGACCAGCAGCUCCUCGCCACGCAGAAAUUCAGGAAAUUACUCUCCAAAGAGCCGAACCCGCCCAUUGAUGAGGUCAUCGCCACGGCCGGUGUAGUGAGCAGGUUUGUAGAGUUUCUGAAGAGGAGUGAUAACUGCACCCUGCAGUUUGAAGCAGCCUGGGCUCUGACCAACAUCGCCUCCGGAACAUUCCUGCACACUAAAGUGGUGAUCGAAACAGGAGCUGUUCCUAUUUUCAUCGAGCUGCUCAACUCUGAGUAUGAAGAUGUGCAGGAGCAGGCCGUGUGGGCGCUCGGGAACAUUGCAGGAGAUAAUGCAGAGUGUAGAGACUUUGUCCUCAACUGCGGAAUACUCCCUUCACUACAGCAGUUACUUGCGAAAUCGAACCGUCUCACCACCACUCGGAACGCUGUGUGGGCUUUAUCCAACCUGUGCAGAGGUAAAAACCCUCCACCAGACUUCAGCAAGGUGUCUCCCUGUCUCAGCGUCCUCUCCAGAUUGCUGUUUAGCAGUGAUCCAGAUGUUUUAGCAGAUGCGUGCUGGGCCCUUUCCUAUCUGUCUGAUGGUCCAAACGAGAAAAUCCAGGCCGUGAUUGACUCGGGAGUGUGUCGCAGAUUAGUGGAGCUGCUCAUGCACGGCGAUUAUAAAGUGGUGUCUCCUGCGCUGCGGGCCGUGGGAAACAUCGUGACUGGAGACGAUAUUCAGACUCAGGUAAUCCUGAACUGUUCAGCGUUACCCUGUCUCCUUCACCUGCUCAGCAGUCCUAAAGAGUCAAUAAAGAAAGAAGCAUGUUGGACUGUUUCAAACAUCACAGCAGGGAACCGAGCGCAGAUUCAGACGGUGAUCGAUGCCAACAUUUUCCCUGUGCUGAUUGAGAUCUUACAGAAAGCAGAGUUUCGCACCAGGAAGGAAGCAGCGUGGGCCAUAACCAACGCCACCAGCGGGGGAACACCAGAACAAAUCAGGUACCUGGUGUCUCUAAACUGCAUUAAGCCAAUGUGUGACCUGCUGACAGUGAUGGACUCAAAAAUUGUUCAAGUUUCUCUGAAUGGUCUGGAAAAUAUCCUCCGGCUGGGGGAGCAGGAAUCCAAACAGAACGGCACAGGAAUUAAUCCAUACUGCGCACUCAUUGAAGAGGCCUACGGUUUGGAUAAGAUCGAGUUCCUGCAGAGCCACGAGAAUCAGGAGAUCUAUCAGAAAGCGUUUGAUUUAAUUGAGCAUUACUUUGGCGUGGAGGAGGAGGACGCCAACAUCGCCCCUCAAGUGGACCAGAACCAGGAUCAGUACAUUUUCCAACAGCACCACGGACCCAUGGAUCGCUUCCAGCUCUAAGUACCUCCAUCUCUUCCUCCAUCUCUCCUUCUAUCUCCAUCCCUGUACACACAGAGAGGAGGAAAUGCAGCUUCACUUCCUGUUGGAGUUCUGAGCUCAGACUUUCAGACUUUUUCAAGCCAGAAUUGUCUAUUUCUCUUUAUUAUUAUUAUUAUUAUUAUUAUUAUUAUUAUUAUAUUUUUUAAGACAUUAGCACUGGUGUCCCUAAAACUUUACAUCCCUUCUGAAAUGUGAAGCUACCUCUUUAACCUUUUACUGAUCAGCAGGAUGCUGGUACUCGAGUUCUCGCUCUGAAAUACAAACUGCUCUCAUCACCCACUCAGCUGUACAGGACACGCCCAUGUUGGACACGCCCAUGUUGGACACGCCCAGAUUAUUGCUGUUUUGUUUUACACUAAUUUCCUCUCCAAACUUUCAUCCUCUUUCUUUAUUUCUGAAUUGCUUCAUUUUUGAAAAUAAAUAUCAAACACGUUCAGUGAGAAGUGACGAGUGAGCUGGCAUCAAGAUAAAUUUUCAUUCAGCAGUCAAUUUUACAUCAGAAAAGUGUGUGUGUGUGUGUGUGUGUGUGUGUUUACGGUGAGAUCAGAUCAAGAGACAGAAUGUCACUAUAUUGCAGUGGUAUUUAUUGGGGCUGAUGUGAUGGCAGUGUUUUUUGUGAGCUACAGUACUGUUCCUUUAAGCAAAAGUUUUUAUUCUGUUUGUGUUUCUCACCUGUGACUCUGUAUUUCACACUUGUCCACUUAAACACUCCCCACAAGUGUGCACUUAGAGCACAAGUCACUGCUGAACACCCGGAGUGUUAAGGAGCUGAUUCAGGUACAGAGCCUCUUGGGUAAAUCUACAGAGAUGUCGACUCGAUUCCUCGUCUAAUGCACGUUGAACACUGUGCAGCUGAGACAGUGUAAUGGAACAGGCUUUAAUGUGGCUGCUGAGGGAAGUGCACAAGCAUCUGUUUCAUAAUGUAAUUGGAACACAGCUCCAUGUUGAAGGCGUGGCAUCCCUGGAAAAUGAUCUGAAUAAUUAAGUAAUAAACUAUGAAGUUUCUCCACAAUGUAGAAUACUAUUGCUGGACUUUUUAUGAAGCAUGCUAUUGGGGAAAUUGAGUUUUCUGUUAUUUUGGUGUGAAAUUAAACUUUUAAUGUUUUUUUCUUUAUAAAUGUUUGUUUUUGAGUUGCUUCUUUAGCAUGCUCUGUUGGUUAUUAAUGACCUUCGAUUUCACUGAUCAUUUUGUUUGGACAAAUGGAGGCAACUCAAGCUAAAGAGAUUGUUACAGAAGCACAUGCAGUACAAUGCUGUAAUAUUUAUCAUGUUUGUACGAUGAUUUUCUGGUUGCUUUUUUCCUCAUCGGGGAAAGUCAGUGUCUGUACUGAUGUGCAGCAUAAAGGACUUCAGAAUGUCGAAAUUGUAUAAAAUGAUAUAGAACAAAUAAAAUGUUCUGGUACA